ACAGGCAGGCAGUUUAGUCAAGUGUGGAGAGGCUCAGCGGUGAGUCUCAUCAGAGAGAAAAGCUGGGUGAGCCAGCAAAUAGCCAGAGAUAAUACAUAAUACUGUCGAAUAAAUCGGGUGGUUUUGGUCAGGAAGCCUUUCAGUGAAAUUAAUUUAAAAAAAAAAGAAGAGAAUAUUGCAUGCUUUCUGGUGACGACGUAGAAAAUUCUUUAGUGGAUACAGUGGUUCUACGGAAGUGAUUGUUAAGCAGCAGAUGGUUAAAAGAUUUGACAUUGAUUUAUUAGUGCAAGGAUUUAGUUCUCAUCAGUGGUUGUCUUUUUUAUAUGCAAAAAAACGCAAAAUUGUGCAAAAGGUUUUUAGAGUGAAUUGAAAGGAGUUGUGCAUGUGUAUAAAUAGGCAAAAUAUCCAUGAAAAUUCUAUUUUAGGAAAAAAGUUAAAGGGAGAAAAGAGAAAAUAUACACGCAUUUUACUGUGAGGUUUGUGAAUAGAGCUAGGAAGCCCCUGUUAGUAGACGAGUUGGGGACACAGAAGAAGAGAGACUGAAGUGUUGAGAAGUUCCUCAAGAAGUGCUUUUGCCACAUGAAUGUGUGGUAGAUUGUUAGUGAAAAUAAGAAGAAAAGUGAGUGAAAAAUUUUGCUUUUGAAGAACGAGAAGACGUUCUAUACUUAACAUUAUUAUUUGACUCCAUAAGAUGUGUUGAGUGACAAUUUGACGACAAUGCGGUAUGAAUGAUGUUCACAUAUAGCAGUGAUAAGAAAUCCACCACGAACAAUUGGUUUUCGUCUCUGAGGCGCCAACCGAAGAAUUCUAGCAAUGCUAAGGAUCCCAAAGAUGCCAAGAAAAUCCAAAAGAGCUGUAUAGAUUUGACAGCUCAUCAGAAAAAUGAAAGUGCCUCACCACAAUCCACAGACUUCCAACAAGUUACGAGAUCUGUGACAGAAUCCAGGGAUGUCAUUGUGGAUCGAAGGGCCAAUGGUAGAGGUGAGAGGACGGAGGAGAGAAAAGUGGUGAAAGUGACCACGAGGACUGUGAUAAAGCAGCGUGUUGACUUCAAUAAUUGGAGUCGAGAUAGACGUGGACUUGUCUUUGAUGACAAUGGUAGAGUGCUGAAUUUGGCCAGACGCCUGAUUGACAAUGAUGAAAAUCUCCAGUACAUCGAUGAUGCCGAUGGCAAAGGGAAUUCAAAGCAAAUUAAGGAUGAAUUGUGCGAGGUGGUGUCAGAGAUGGAGUCCCUUGACUCCCAAGAAGACUGCAAAUAUUCCAAUAAGGACAAACAAAUGUCCAUUGGACGGAAGAAAUUCAACAUGGAUCCAAAGAAGGGGAUUGAGUAUCUGCGGGAGAAUCACCUGAUACGGAUGGAUCCACAAGAUGUUGCGUACUUAUUGUACAAAGGGGAGGGAUUAAAUAAGACAGCAAUUGGGGAUUAUCUGGGGGAGAAAAAUGACUUCAAUGAACAAGUAUUAAAAGCAUUCGUCGAAUUGCAUGAUUUCACCAAUUUAAUCCUGGUACAAGCUUUAAGACAAUUCCUCUGGUCCUUCCGGUUGCCAGGUGAGGCCCAGAAGAUCGAUAGGAUGAUGGAGUGUUUUGCCCAACGCUACUGCCAUCUGAAUCCGGACAUUUUUACAAAUACUGAUACAUGCUAUGUACUCAGUUUUGCCAUCAUAAUGCUCAAUACAUCACUCCACAAUCCAUCGGUGAAGGACAAACCCAGCAUUGAGCAAUUCAUUUCGAUGAAUCGUGGCAUCAAUAAUGGUGGUGAUUUGCCACGUGAACUACUCGAAUCGCUGUACGAGAGCAUCAAGACGGAACCCUUCAAGAUACCUCAAGAUGAUGGAAAUGAUCUCAUGCAUACAUUUUUCAAUCCUGACAAGGAGGGUUGGCUGUGGAAGCAGGGAGGCAGAUAUAAAUCAUGGAAGAGACGAUGGUUCAUCCUCAAUGACAAUUGUCUGUAUUACUUUGAGUAUACAGCAGACAAGGAACCACGCGGAAUUAUUCCACUUGAGAAUAUAUCCGUCCGGGAAAUCAGUGAUCGCAACAAGCCUCAUUGUUUUGAACUGUAUGCCUGUGGGGGUGCUGAUAUCAUCAAGGCAUGCAAAACGGACUCUGAGGGAAAGGUUGUUGAGGGAAAGCACACGGUCUAUCGGAUGUCAGCGGCCACGGAGGAGGACAAACAAGAGUGGAUCAAAUGUCUCACACAGUCCAUCAGUCACAGCCCCUUCUACGAUAUUCUCGUUCAGCGCAAAAAGAAAGCACUGACCAAAAGCUAAUGGGAUGGGGAUCUUUUGUACUCGGGAGCUUUCCAUCCAUGGGACACAUCGUCGAAUGGAGAUUUGUGAGAAAAAGUGAAAGGUAUUCUUAAGAAUUUAUUUUGGAAAAUAAUUUGGUUUUUUCCACUUUCCUCCUUUUUUCUUUCAAAUCACACCUUUUGCACUUUGAUUUGAGGCAUAAAGUGUCGAUUGAAAAAUGAAAAAGAAAUUAAAAAAAAAAAAGAAAAAGUAAAAGAAGGAGCAAAAUAUUCCUUUACAAGCAAUAUCUGUGGAACAACUUUUGAAAUAGUGAAGUUAAAUUAAUUGUGACAUUUUUAACCAUCUUUACAAAAAUGGAAAAAGAAAAUAGAAGAUUGAGGUUAAUUUUUUUUAGAUAAUUUAUGGUUAUAAUUACAGUAAAUUUAGUUAUUUCUUGAUUACACAAACAAAAAGUCAUAUACAAAUUUAUUUAUUAUUAAAAGAAAAAUGAAAAUCAAAUUUAUUAAAUUGAGAAUCUAAGGUAAAAAUAAUUGUAACAUGAAGAAUGCACAAAAGUUGCGGAACAAUUUGUAUAAUUUUUUUGUAGAUAGUGAGAAGAAGAAAAAAAGAUGAAAAAUUGUCGUUGAUAAAUUAGAAAAUAAAACGCCAUUUUGAAGCUA